UUUUGUCACUAUAUAUACAAGUUAUAUUUGAGAUGAAGUGGUGAGAGAGAAGAAAGGUAUUAUUAUUAUUGAUCAAAUGAAGAGAAGAAGAGAUAUGGAAGUAGAGUCAACAGAAAUAACAAGUUGUAUUGAAGAACUAUCUAUGAUGAAGCUGCUCAAAGUCAAAUUAUUUAAAAAUAUUCAUGAUCAACAACAAACUCCUGCUAUUGCUCAUCAUGAUAAUAAACAUAAUAAUAAUCAUCAUAUUCCUACCAUGCCUUUUCUAUCUAUCUCCAAUUUGGUCCUUCAAGUUCUUGAUAAGAUAGGGCCGACAAUGGCAGUGUUGAGACAAGACAUAUAUCAAAACAUCCAGAGAUUGGAAAAGGUGCAUGAUUUAGACCCUGCUGUUUACUCAAAUAUGGUUGAGAUAUUGAAGAAAGAGAGUAAUGAAGGCAAAGAAACAAAGGGUCCUAGUUGUAGCAAAGCUCUUCUUUGGCUCACCAGAUCCUUGGAUUUCACCUUAGCAUUGUUAGAAUUACUGGCUGAAGAUUUAGAGAGGAACAUGGUGCAAGCUGUUCAAGAAUCUUACACUAAUACCCUUAAGCCAUGGCAUGGAUGGAUCUCUUCAGCUGCCUUCAAGGUAGCACUAAAGCUAGUGCCAGACAGCAAGGACUUAAUCACAAUUCUUAAGGGCAAAGAUAAAAAUAACGAUGACUUUAAGAAGGAAUUGCGUACCUUCAUUUCACUAUUGGCACCUUUGUUAAAAGAAAUUCACGACGUUUUGGAUGCAUAUGGUCUUGAUAGGUUAAAAUCUACUUGAAGGUGGAAGUGCAUGCAUGUCCAAGAAAGUGUGACAAGAUGUAUAUAUAACUUUUAAUUAAGUUUUCUCUAACCAUUGUUAUCCUUUUUUGCUUGUUAUGUAAAAUAUACAUCUCAAGUUCAGUUAUGUGAACGUACACUUCAUUUGGUACAUACGUACGUACUUGUAAGCACGAUGUGUACCUUUUAUUCUAAUUCGUGAUUUUAUGGUUAGACUGUGUGGUUUGAUGUAAACACCAGGUAUGUGUAAGUAAUGUAUCCGGUGUUUGCAUCAAACAAUUUAAUAUAAGAUGUGUGUCCCUCAUAUAUAUAAAUGUUUAUUACGUAAUUAUAGAUGA